AUGGCUCCCUACAUUGACAGUCCACGGUCCGAAGCAUCAGCUGACGAUGGGAGUGGUAGUAGUCGCAAACCACACUUUCUCGUGAUCGGAGCCGGCUCUCGAGGUACAGCCUACGCCGCUGCCCUUAUCCGUUCUGGUCUGGGAGUCGUCGCCGCCAUAGCAGAGCCGAUCGCUUUCAAGCGGAAUCAAUUUGCAGAGGCUUAUAUACCGAACGAUGUACGACAUCACGCGGAGGCCUCUUAUAGCUUUAAUGACUGGCAUGACUUCCUUGUCUAUGAGGAGCAGCGAAGAAAAGAUGCAAAUGCCAACCCUUCGGACGUCCUCCCUGGCGUUGAUGGAGUCUUCGUAUGCGUCAAGGACGAUAUGCAUACUUCAGUUGUCACUGCUUUGGCACCCCUCCAGUUCCAUGUAAUGUGCGAGAAGCCAUUGGCCACAACGCUAACCGACUGCCUAAACAUACAGCGAACACUCUCACAAUACCCUACUCGUGUAUUUGCCAUCGGCCAUGUCCUGCGAUACAGUCCCCACAACAUGCUGCUUCGCCAUCUUCUGCUCGAAAAGAAAGUAAUAGGCGACUUGCUGAGCCUGGAGCACACCGAACCUGUAGGCUGGUGGCACUUCAGCCACUCCUAUGUCCGAGGCCAGUGGCGUAAGGAGAGUAUAGCUGCUCCGAGUCUUCUGACCAAGAGUUGUCACGAUAUCGACUUCGUACUCUGGAUGUUAUGCUCGCCGCCUCCUGGUCGUGAUGGCGCGCAGGCUCACACUCCAGCGACCGUCAGCAGCAGCGGUAGUCUAAAACAGUUCAAGCGUGCUCGGAAGCCUCGAGAAGCUGGGGAUGCCACAAAUUGCAUGUCCUGUCUAAUCAAGGAUAGCUGCAUGUACUCUGCGAAACGCAUCUACAACGACAAGCAUCUCGCAAAAGGCAAAGCGAAGUGGCCAGUUGAAAUUGUCAACCCUGAGAUCCCGCAUAUACUGGUCACAGUGGGUCUGGAGGCGGCGGAGAAAGCUCUGCUUGUGACCUUGGCAGAAGACUAUGACGCAGAUGCAACCCCUGUCCAAGACAUCGAGAGCCGUCCGUGGUACGGUCGAUGCGUGUGGGAGAGUGAUAACGAUGUGUGCGACGAUCAGACCGUGACAUUCGAGUGGGACGACGUACAUGGGACGGGCAAAGGCUCAAAGACAGCCACGUUCCACAUGAUCGCACAGACACUAGCACAAUGCGAACGUCGAGGGCGGAUAUACGGCACGAAUGGCGAGAUCAGCUACGACAGCAAGUCUAUUACUGUCCACGAUUUCACAAAUGACAGCACAGAGGUCUACAAUCCUGAAGUGCCUGUCAAUAGUCAUCAUGGAGGUGGCGAUGAUGGCCUGGCGACAAUGUUCGUCAAAGCAGUCGCUGCUGUCAUGGAUGGUAAGAUGGGUGUUGAGGAGGCGCAGAAAGAGUAUCUAGGCUGCACUCUUGAGGAAGUGAUUCGUAGCCAUGCUGCGGUAUUCGCUGCUGACCAAGCACGACGAGAACGAAAGGUUGUGCAUUGGGAUGACUGGUAUGAGAGUCAUGUCACGAAAAUGAUCAAGACUGGUUGA